UCAGAAAAUCAUCCCAUAUGUGGAACGAAUGAGCAGGUCUUGGAUCAAGACACACUGUACAUUGUCCAGGAGCAUAUGAAUAUCCAAGAAAAAUCUUCUAAAUGCAAUAAACUUAGCAAUAUGAUUCAUGAAUCUACCCAAAGCACAUAUCAUAAAACUCACAACAAAAAUGCAUCUCUUCAAUUCCCAAAUCGAAGAAGACCUAAAACUGGGAACACUGAAGAAGUUUGUAAGUAUAAAGAAUGUACAAACAGUUUAAAUGUGUGUUCAAUCAUUAGUCUCAAUCAAGGAAUCCACAUAGAAAUGAAAGAACACAAUAGAAACACAGAAUUUCAUAAGAUUUUUAUCUCUAAACAUAAACCAUUGGUGAAACAAAAUAAUAGUGGAGUGAAUCCUUACAAAUGUAGUGAACCUGACAAAUGCUUUACCCAGAGAGACAAUCUUCAAAGUCAGCAGAGCAUUUAUCCAGGAAAGAAACCUCACAAAUGUAGUGAAUGUGAAAAAUGUUUUACACAAAUAUUCAAUCUUAGCAUCCAUCAGAGAAUUCAUACAGGAGAGAAACCUCACAGAUGCUGUGACCGUGACAAACGCUUUGCCACAAAAGGCCAACUUAGUAUUCAUCAGCAAUAUCAUACUGGAGAGAAACCUUAUAAGUGUACUGAGUGUGAAAAAUGCUUUACUGAAAAAGGCAGUCUGAGAAUUCAUCAGAGAAUUCAUACAGAAAAGAAACCUUACAAAUGUAGUGAAUGUGACAAAUGCUUCACUGAAAAAGGCAGUCUGAGAAAUCAUCAGAGACUUCAUUCAGGAGAGAAACCUUACAAAUGUAGUGAAUGUGACAAAUGCUUUACUACAAAAAACAGUCUGAGAAGGCAUCAGAGAAUUCAUUCAGGAGAGAAACCUUACAAAUGUAGUGAAUGUGACAAAUGCUUUACUGAAAAAGGCAGUGUGAGAAGGCAUCACAGAAUUCAUGCAAGAGAUAAACCAUAUAAAUGUAGUGAAUGUGAUAAAUGCUUUACCAACACAGUUAGUCUGCAAAAUCAUCAGAGUCUUCAUUCAGGAGAGAAACCU